ACCUCUGCUAUUUCAAGAAGAUGAAAAUGGGAUCAUCUAAUUGUAACUUAGAAGUGGGUGGCUUAUGCAAAACCCUUCUCGUCUUCUGUAUGGUCCUUUAUUUUGUUUUCGUUGCCCUUUUCAAUCAAUAUCCCAACUGUCCAGCUUCAGAGUUUUUUUCUCCCUUCUGGAAAACAUCAUUAUCAAAUUCCAUUUCUAAUGAUUCGAAGACAAAUCUUAGCCACCUAGUUUUCGGCCUCGUGGGCUCUGAAAAAGCAUGGCAUCAUAGGAAAACAUACAUAGAAUCAUGGUGGAGACCAAACACUACAAGGGGAUUUCUGUUUCUUGAUAAAGAGCCAACAGCAGGACUCCUCCCUUGGUCUGGUGCUUCUCCUCCUUACAAAGUAUCAGAUGAUCUCACAAAAUUUCUUGAUAAAACCGAUGUCACGGCACAACGGAUUGCUCAUGGAGUAAAGGAGGCUUUUAGAGAGGAUCACGAAAAUCUCAGAUGGCUUAUAAUGGGAGAUGACGAUUCGAUAUUUUUUCUUGAUAAUAUUGUUGGUGUUCUUGCAAAGUUAGAUCAUACAAAGUAUUAUUACCUAGGUGGGCAGUCUGAGUUUAUUUUUUCGAAUUACUGGUACUCAUUCAGCCAAGGUUUUGGUGGAGGUGGAUUCAUGUUGAGUGCCCCUCUGGCAAAAGCACUGGCUAAAGACAUGGAAAAUUGUCUCAAGAGAUAUGCGCAUCUCAAGGCUGCUGAUCUAACGGCAAUGUCAUGUAUAGCUGAUAUUGGAGUAAGUUUGUCUCCCCUAAAAGGAAUUCACCAGAUGGAUUUGCGUGGAGAUGUAUCCGGUUUCUUAUCAUCACACCCACAAUUUCCACUCAUGUCCCUUCACCAUUUCGACAUAGUGGAACCAAUAUUUCCAUCCAUGGAUCGUGCUGAGUCCACGCGCCACCUCAUGAAGGCGGCGGAGGUAGACCAGUCUCGGAUGAUGCAACAAACCAUCUGCCAUAACAGGCUAAGUAACUGGACUUUUUCCAUUUCUUGGGGCUAUUCUGCACAUAUAUACGAGAGAAUUAUGCCACGAAGUUAUUUACAAUACCCCAUUGAAACCUUUAAAACAUGGGGAAGGAGUCCAAGGCCACCACAUUAUAUGUUCAACACAAGAAGACCUUCUAAUGAUCCUUGUGAAGCACCACAUCUUUUCUUUUUUGAAUCUAUAGAAAAAACCCCAAAAAAUGAGAUUUUUACCAGUUUUUCAAGAGCAUGGCCACGUGGGCUGCUGGCUUGUUCAUCAACAGGAAAUCAUUCUGCAGAAUCUAUUUCAAAAAUUAAUGUCUUCUCACCAGCAGCAAAGCACAGUGAUAUUGGUCGAAGUGAAUGCUGUGACACUGUUGGAAUAGAUGAAACCAAAGUUGAUAUUAAAUUUAGAGAGUGCAUGACGGAUGAGAUCAUUGCUUAG